AUGAUUGAACCCUUCCAGACGACCUUUUCGGUCCCUAUGACCUGUGAAGGCUGCGUGAAAGAUAUCUCCACCUCCCUGUACAAACUUGAUGGCAUCCAGAAGGUCGAGGCGAAUCUUAAGGACCAAGUUGUCUUCAUUGAAGGCACUGCGCCCCCGAGUUCCAUCGUCAACGCGAUUCAGGACACAGGUCGCGAUGCGAUCCUGCGGGGCAGUGGCACAACGAACAGUUCCGCCGUCUGCAUCCUCGAAACACACUCCAACAAAGUCUCCAAUAAGAUCCGCGGCCUGGCUCGCAUGGUCCAGGUCUCUCCAAACAUAACCUUAGUCGACCUGACCAUCAAUGGUAUCGCUCCAGGCAAGUACUGGACCACCAUCCGAGAAGCCGGUGAUAUCUCUCAGGGUGCGGCGUCGACAGGCGGCAUCUGGGAUUCCUUGAAGACUAAGGUGCUAGGCUCAGAGCCGGAGAAGGAGUCUCGGGGCAUCUUUGGCUCCGUGAACGUGGAUGAGAAGGGCCGUGGAAAUGUUUUCCUGGACCGGCCCGUAGCUAUUUGGGAAUUGAUUGGACGGAGUAUGGUUGUGUCGUCGACCAAGGAGGGGCCAUUCCGCAGGGAGGAUGAGAAUACGAUUGUUGGUGUUAUUGCGCGUAGUGCGGGUGUGUGGGAUAAUGAUAAGAUGGUGUGUUCGUGCUCUGGGAAGAAUGUCUGGCAGGAAAGACAGGAACAGGUUGGUCAGGGUAUGGCCUGA